AUGGCGAAUCUUGAUGUACAGAAAAUCGUUACCUUCGUGAGAAUCACCCGCACUGAACAAGCUUACGCCGUUCAUAAACUCAAGCAACGUGAAGGAGAUCUCAAUGCACCUCUUGAUGCGCAUUACCGUUUUGCAGCUACAAACAUUGCGAACAGAUAUGUUCCAGAUUCUGAAGACAGUAUGAUUGAUAUAGAUGAUUCUGAAGAAGAAAGUGAGGAAGCAGAAGAUGCUCUGUAUGAAUAUGGACAGUCUCACCUACAAGAUCCCUUCCUUGCUCAUGCUAUUUCUAUGUCCUUGGAGACAGUAGAGAUAGAGAAACAGUUGCGUGAGGUAGCUAAUACGAUUCGGGAAUCAUUAUCUGGAGUUACUGAGGCACACAAUGUGGACCAUUUACGGCAGAUGCAAUCAUCAAGUAGAAGUUUGGACGAAGAGAACGAGUCUAGAGGUGUUCCUGCGUCAAGUCUGGUCACUGCUUCUGCUUUAGAUGAGGCAUUCACAAAUUCUCUCGACUUAAUUUCUUGGCUUACUUUAUAUGAGGCAGCAAUGUUUGCUGAAGUUCCUGACAGUAGAUACCGAUCGGGAUCCCUGGCUCCUCGCACGCCAUCACCUUCAGCAGAAAUUCAGCGCUUGAUACGGGACAAGCAGGAACUUGAGAAGCAAUUGGCAGAAAAAGAAGCUUCAUUGCCUCUAGAACCAGCCAUAGAUGAGGGAAAUGCUGUCACCAUUCUCAUACGUAUGCCAAGUGGAAACCGCCUUACUCGCUGCUUCAUGAAAUCCCACAAUCUUCAGACGCUUUUCGACUUCAUUGACAUUAGUAGAUUGGUCAAGCCUAAUACUUACAGAUUGGUGAAGCCAUUCCCAAGAGAGACUUUUGGUGCACAACAAAGUUGCUUGACAUUACAGGAACUUGGACUCACAAACAAACAAGAGGCUUUGUUCUUGGAGAUGAUCUAG